GAUAACUUUUGUUUUAAUUUUUUGAAUUUUUAUUUUAGUGUUCUUUUAGUUUAAUGUUACUGUAAAGUCUUUACUUAUUGGUGCUUUUUUAUGAAAUGUAUUCAUUUAAUACAAUUUGCAUGUUUAUAAAAACAUAUGGUUCGUCUGAGUCCAUUCCAAUUGGAUCUACAAACAGUGUCUUUGUAAAAAUUUAGGAAUAAAUGGAUGCAUUCAUUUUACCACUAAUACAAAACAAAAAUCAUUUCUACAGGAUGUUUUCUAUAAAACAUUACAGAAUCAAUCAUUAUAGUAUGUACUCUAGUAAUUUAUUGUCAAGAUAAAUAAUCUAAAAUGGGAACGUUGCAGUAUUCUUCUUAUUCAAAAAAACUUAAAUAAUUGGUCAAUUUUCAGACAUCUCUCAAAAUGCCUGAUCAUACUUUGUUGAGUCGAAAUUCCGAAGGAAGAUCUUCUGGAAGCAGUGUUGUCAGUAAUGGAAGUAUGCGCAUGGCCACCUUACCUGUGACAUCAAUUGAUGAUGGAAAGUCUAGGUUUCCAAAAUUAGAAGAGUGUGCUCAUUUUCACUAUGAACAUGUUGAACUUGGACCACUAAAAUUUGAUUUGAUUGAAGAAGAUGAACAAAAAUUUGGAAAUGUAGAUAAUGAUAACGAUUGUUGGUUAACUAUCAAAGUAGAAUCACAAAAUACAGUCUGGGUCUUAAGACGAUCAUAUGAAAAUGCAAGAACUCUUGAUCAUCAAUUACAUAAAUGUGUUUAUGAUAGAAAAUUCAGUCUACUUCCAGAACUUCAACCUGUACCAAGUGAUUGUGAAAAUCCUAAUGAAUAUUUAAAAGACUUGAUUAGUAAAUAUUGCAAAAGAUUAUCUCAAAUAGCUGUGGGAAGUUUAAUUAACUGUGGACCUAUUCUUAGCUGGUUAGAACUAGAUAAUCGUGGUCAUCACCUUUUAGUUGCUGAUGGAGAUCAUUGUGCGAUAAAUACCCCUGCAGUUGCCGCAGCUUAUUCAGUCAGAAAAUAUACUGCACAUGCUUCUGAUGAAAUUUCAUUUGAUAUUGGUGAUAUAAUUUCUGUUAUUGACAUGCCAUCGCCUGAAGAAAGUGUUUGGUGGAGAGGCAAACAUGGUUUUCUAGUUGGGUUUUUCCCAUCUAGCUGUGUAGCUGUUAUAACAGACAAAGUCCCGAGAAAUCUUUACAUAAACCCUCAUAUGCUUUCUCUUUCUGAACCAUCAAAACCAGUAUUAAGAAAACAUGGUAAACUGAUAUCAUUUUUUCGGUCUUUUAUAUUAUCAAGGCCAACUCGAAGAACAUUAAAACAAUCUGGAAUAUUAAAAGAAAGAGUAUUUGGUUGUGAUUUGGGUGAACAUCUUCUAAAUUCUGGAAGAGAUUUACCUGAUGUGUUAACUAGCUGUGCUGAGUUUAUUGAAAAAUUUGGAAUAGUUGAUGGAAUAUAUAGACUUUCUGGUGUUACAUCCAAUAUUCAAAGACUGAGGUCAACAUUUGAUGAAGAUAGAGUACCAGCAUUGUGGGAAGAUGAAUCAAUAAGACAGGAUAUACAUAGUGUGGCCUCAUUGUUAAAAUUAUAUUUUAGAGAACUACCAAAUCCAUUAUGCACUUAUCAACUUUAUGAUUCAUUUGUGAAUGCUGUACAAUCAAUACCAGAGAAAACUACUGAAGUCAGGUUACAGCUUAUGCGAGAAACAGUUCAAAAGUUACCUCCACCUCAUUUUAGAACGUUGGAAUACUUGAUGAAACAUUUAUCUCACGUGGCUGCUCUUGGUGAACAAACAGGCAUGACAGCAAGGAAUGUUGCAAUUGUUUGGGCACCUAACUUGUUAAGGAGUAAACAACUAGAAAAUGGUAGUGGUGUUGCUGCUUUACAUGGUGUUGGUAUUCAAGCUGUAGUUACUGAAUUUUUAAUUCGGUAUACAGACUAUAUUUUUAGCCCUAUUCCUAGUGUUGGAGCAAAAUUGCCGCCUACCAAAGGAACCCCCAAAAAAUCUAGACCUAAAUCUUUAGCAAUAUCUACUCAAACAAAACUUUUAACCCUCGAAGAAGCUCAAAAUCGUGUUCUAACUUUUGCAAAAAGAAAUGAUCCUAAUUAUAUUGAAGUUGGUGGAGGUCCUUCUUGUUUACCUGAAAAGUAUCAUACUGUUAUCGAUUUACCGUCAAGAAGAAGUAAUACUAACAAAAGACGUUCACCAUCAAGAUGGAAAUCAUUGUUUACUCGUGGCGGAAGUAGUAUCUCACUUGGAGUUCUGCCACUUCGUAAAAAGUCAGAACCAAACUUAAUACCUAAAUACAUGGAUUCAAAAGAAUGUGUACGUCAGAGUAUAACUGAAGGUAUGAAUAUUCAAGACACACCUAAGACUUCCAAGUCAGUUAGUGAAACAAUGUCUUUACGAGAAAUUAAGGGGACACCUCCAUGUUCUCCUCCUGGCUUCUGUGGUUCCAACUCAAUUGGUCAUAAUCGUUCUGUGUCACAUGAUUCUUAUUUUGAUCAACUUGCUGAUCAAGAAGAUCUGGCAUCACCUAUUCUUCACCCAAGUCAAGAAGAUCUAAGUGAUUUACAAGUUAACUUUGAUUUGGAUGAGUCUGAUAUGAGAGUAUUUUCUGAUGAAGAUACCAAUCAUAUUUUUAGUAACCGUUCAAGCAUGGAACACUUACAGAAUGUGACUACUAAUAAUUUGAAUAGUAGUGCUAAACGUUUACCAAUAUUAGCGCACGCAGAAGAUUCAUUAAGUGCAGAUCCUUCACCAAAGAAAAAGAAAACCACAGAUUCAAGUAAAGACAGCGAUCACACAAAAAAUAAUAGGCUAUCAUAUUUAGAAGAACGGUUUGCUUCACCUGAUAUUCGAUUCAUUGAUAGUCAGUCUCCAGAACAUAUGACUGUUGUUGCAGACAUACAUACAGAAUGUGAUCAAAUAAUGACAGAUGUUGAAAGUAAUGAAACUGGUACAGGUUCUUUGUCUACUAUUACCACACCUACACUUUCAUACUGUCCAUUAUCAGAAGAAAGUUAUAGUGACAAAAACACUACACCUGGUUACCAGACAAUUGUGAUUGACUUUUGUGUACCAGAUGUUUUGACCGAAAACCUUUUAACCACACCUCGAAAUCGAUUAAGUUACCAGGGUGACUUAAGAAAUAAAAGUUUAUCAAAUGACCGGCGUAGUUUUCAAGAAAUAAAAUUAAGAAAUGUUCGAGAUAAUGCUCCAUGUGAAUCUUUUUUCAAUAAUAGAAUUGAAGAAAAAGUGAAAUCAGAUAUUUCAAUUUUAACUGAAUCACAUAGUUCUCCCAAAAAAACUGGAUCUAUGUAUGAAAUUGUUAUGGGUAACAAUUAUGAACGUUUGGGUCACAAAAAUUCAAUUUUUCAUCAAGAUGAUUCUAGUUAUGAAGAAGUAAUGCCAUCAUCCUGUAAGAGUUCUAUUGAUUCAAUAGAUAACUUAAAUUUUGAGAAAGAUAAAUCUGUUGAAAAUAUUCAUUAUGAAAUAUUGGUUGUUACUAGUCCUGAAUCUUGUAAUUCUAGUCAACGUGAAAUAUCAAUUUCUUCACAGGAUAAUUUAGAGAAUGAAAAUUUAAAAAUUAAAGAAAUCACAAACAAUCAAAACAUGUUAGAUAAUAAUGAUUAUUUGGUUUCACCUACAAAUGAAGAUACUGAAAUGUUAAUACAAAAUAGACUUGAAACAAUAAUUUUACCAAUUAAAAAUGUUGAGCACAUUGACAAUAUAAAUAAUAUAACAAAUAGUGCAAACAUUUUGGUGAUUUCUACUGAGGAAGUGUCCGAGAAUAAAGUGGAUUUAUUAUUAGACUCAAAUAGACGCAAAUUUGAAUCAGAAAUUGGAAGAGAUAUAGUACACGAAAGACGUAUGAGAAAAGAUUUGAUGGAGAAUUCAAGUUCUACUGGAAAUAAGGAAAAUACAAAAAAUUUUCACGAGUCAUUAAAUAAAUUUGACUCUAAUAAAUCUCCUAAAAACAGUUCUACAUGGAUAAAAAAUAGAAGACUACGUAACAAUUGUCAGCAUGUAACUAGUACAGUUUCAUUAGAUGCUUUUAAUUUUCCAACAGAUAAUCAAAAUUUGGAACGUGUAAAAACAUCACCAAAUCUUAUAAGCUCAGAAAUUAGCUGUCAAAAAUCUGAAAUGUCUAUUGAUAUGGAUGCUACAAGACGUGAACGUAUUGACCGUUAUAAAGAAGAACGUAGGCAAGCUCUCCGUGAACGUUUUAAAACAUCAGAAAGUAUUCAAUAUGAUGAUGAUAUAAUUAAACGUCUAAGAGCUAAGACAUUGAAAUCUCCAGAUGAAUGCACUGGAAAUAAUAUAAACACAUCCAUUAAACAACCAAAACAUUUAGUAAAGAUAAUCACUUAUGAUGAACGUGAUACUUUAUCUAUAGAUCCUGAACGAAAAGAAUGGUAUACACAAAGUUUAGAACGUAAAAAAUGUGCUAAAAAAGAAACUAAAGGUUUAGUUGCAUCAAGAGUAAAUCAGUUGAUUGGAUGUACAACUUCUUCUGAUGAAAUUAAUAACAAAAAUACUUUGAAAACAAAAACAGAUAAACAGACUUCAAAUUCGAUACGACAAAGAGCACAUAGUACUAGUGAUAGACCACCUCAAUUUUGUAUAAAAGAUAUGGCAGCAUUCUUCGAACAAAAACAGUAAAAAAAAAAAAAAUUACCUAUCGUUAGAAAUAAUGAUUUAAUUUGGUAGUUUCAAUUAAAAAUUAUUUUAUUAAUUAAGUUACUAAAUUAUAGUUCUGUAAUUUCAUGACAAAUAAUAAAAAGUAAACCAUUAAUCUCUAACAAUUACAUAAUUUUAGUUAUAAGCUGUUAUAAAAUAUAUAAAUUAUAUAUUUAUGUCCUAAUUAAGUUUAAAAAUGUCGUUUUGUUAUUAAAACUAAUUCUGUGAUAGUGAUUUUUAUCAGGUCUGUAUUUUAGACCUUGUGAAAUAAUUUGUAGAGUAUAAUAUAAUGUUUGCUUUCUUUAAUCAUAUCAUAUUUCUAAUAUAAUAUGAAUAAAUAUGACACUUUUAGUGAAAACCUAUAUGUUCUUAUAUAAAUUCUAUUGUUAUUUAAUGGUUUUCUUUGAAUUUUCUUAACAGUUAGUUGCUAUCUAAGCAUUAUUUAUAAGUUAUAACAAACAUAAUUUCUUUUUAAAAUCUUAUAUUAGUUUUUAAUAAAACUCAAUAAUUAAAUGAAAUAUGAAUUACAAACUUUGGCCAAAGAUAAAAUUAUAGUCAAUACUCAAUACAAUUUGAAUGUAUGCCAAAUGUAUAAUUGACUCUUUAGUUUGAGAGAAUAAUAUAAAUAUCUAAUGAUAUAAUUUUGAUUGAAUUGUAUAUUUUUAAUUAUUUUUAUUUUAUAAUUGUUAUAAUGAAAUCUUUCUAAGAUGCUGUGUGACAAUAGGUUUGUUGACUUUAAAAGUACUUUUUUAAUACCAGAUCUUCUACUUCAAUAAAAGUAUAAUAAUGUGCAACUGUACAAGUAACUUAUAAAUCAUUGAUUUUCAUAUAGUUGAAUGUUUUUUUAUUUAACAAUGACAUAAUAUUACACUGUAUUCAAUAUUUUAAUACAAUCAUUUUGUGUUUUUAUUGUAUUAAAGUAUUUCAAUAUGUUUUCAAUUUCAACAUUGCUAACUUAGCUUUAUAAACUUACUACUAAAUUUGAAUAACUUUGUUUUACUAUUAUUAUAUUUUAUUUUAUUUUUUUAUCAUUUUUAUUAUUUUGUUAAAUUUACUACUUAUAACUUAUCAAUUAACUAAUUUAACUCAUAAUAUUAAUAUUUAAUACAUAUUACAUUAUAGAAGUGUGUAUUUGACAUAUUAUGCUAAUACUUGUUUCCUUUUUAUUUGUUGCGGUUGUCUGUCGUUUGUUAUUUUUAUUUAAGAACAACAACAUUUAGUAUGUUAAUCUUCAUUUAAUUUUAAAUGUAUUUAUUAUUAACUAUAGGUAAUCAAUGUAUUAAAAAUAUUUCUUAAGUAUUACGCCUAUUACUCUGUCUCGAUAUAUAUUUUUCACAGUUAUAAUUUUAUGACUAUUUUUUUUAUGUCAAUAACUUAAAAUGUUAAUUUUUAUUUUGCUAGUUAAAAAUAUAGUAUCUAGCUUAAUAAUGAACAAAUUGUUAAGCUACUCUUAUAUUGUUAUGCACAAAUUGUAAAAACAUGUAUACUUAAGUGUUUUCUUUUAAGUUUAUAUUAUUAUUAUAUAUUUUUUUUACUUUACCUGUAACACCAAAAUUAACAAAAAAAAAAAUAAUUACCAGUUUCUGUUUGGCUUUUAAACAAAAUACAUAACAAUCAUUGA